CAGUUGCAGCCUACAAUUCAAGUGUGCACCGGGAAAAAAAACAUGAGAAGAAGGAUGUCUGUUUUGUCCGAAUAUGAGAAGCAAAACCUCACCGGCACAUAAAGGAUCGUAGAAUGGGAAAACUGGAGGCCUUUUGAUCCAGCAACAACUGCAAGUGGAGUGCGUGUUUUUGUUGUUUUUGCCCAUCACAAUGUGUGAGGGAUGGAUGUGGGUCGGAUGCCAGUUUAUUUUCGAUACGGAUACAAGAACUGGCAAGUUAUCGGCAUGAAUUACUAAGGAAGGCCAGAAAAAUUCAUCUCAAAUGGUAAAUUUGCCUCUGGAGGAAUGACCAUGGUGAAAAGGAAGCGACUGUUAUUGCCACUGCUGUACUUUAUGGCAGAGUUUUGGCUCACUUCGCAGCAGGUCCUGAGAAUUGGCGGCAUCUUUGAGACGCUUGAAAACGAGCCCAUCAGCGUCGAAGAGCUGGCCUUUAAAUUCGCCGUGACCAACAUAAACAGGAACCGGACCCUCAUGCCAAACACCACACUGACCUACGACAUCCAGAGAAUAAAUCUGUUCGACAGCUUCGAGGCGUCAAGAAGAGCCUGCGACCAGCUGGCCCUGGGCGUCGGGGCCGUGUUCGGCCCUUCUCACAGCUCGUCCGUCAGCGCGGUCCAGUCCAUUUGCAACGCCCUGGAAGUCCCUCACAUCCAGACGCGCUGGAAACAUCCCUCGGUGGACAACAAAGACAGCUUCUACAUUAACCUCUACCCUGAAUAUGCCUCGAUCAGCAGAGCCGUGCUGGACAUAGUGCAGUUCUACAAGUGGAAGACGGUCACCGUGGUCUACGAGGACGCGACAGGACUCAUCCGUUUGCAAGAGUUGAUCAAAGCUCCAUCCAGAUACAGCAUUAAAAUCAAGAUCCGGCAGCUGCCAACGGGAAGUAAAGAUGCCCGUCCGCUGCUGAAAGAGAUGAAGAAAGGGAAGGAGUUCUAUGUCAUCUUUGAUUGCUCUUACCAAACAUCAGCUGAUGUCCUCAAGCAGAUCUUGUCCAUGGGAAUGAUGACUGAAUAUUACCACUUCUUCUUCACCACACUGGACCUGUUCGCCCUUGACCUGGAGCCGUACCGCUACAGUGGGGUCAACAUGACGGGGUUCAGGCUGCUCAACAUAGACAGUCCUCGGGUGGCUUCGGUGGUGGAGAGGUGGGCCAUGGAGCGACUUCAAGCUCCCUCCAAAGCUGAGACUGGAAUGAUGGAGGGGAUGAUGACAACUGAAGCUGCUCUGAUGUACGACGCCGUGUACAUGGUGGCCGCGGCCUCGCAACGCACCUCCCAGAUCACUGUCAGCUCCCUGCAGUGCCACCGACACAAGCCCUGGCGCUUCGGAUCACGCUUCAUGAACAUGCUCAAAGACGCACAGUGGAACGGCUUGACGGGACAAAUAAUUAUAAACAAGACGGACGGCCUGCGGAAAGAGUUUGAUUUGGAUGUCAUCAGCCUGAAGGAGGACGGCUUGGAGAAGACGAUCGCGGGCAACAACCGCCUGAAUAAAGUGUGGAAAAAGAUUGGUGUGUGGAACUCCCAGACGGGCCUUAAUUUAACAGAACUCAAUAAGGACUCAUCCACAAAUGUCACAGACUCGAUGGCCAAUAGGACUCUAAUUGUCACUACUAUUUUGGAAAAUCCUUACGUCAUGUACAAGAAGUCUGACAAGCCGCUGUACGGAAACGACCGCUUUGAGGGCUACUGCCUCGACCUGCUCAAGGAGCUCUCCAACAUUUUGGGCUUCUCCUACGAGGUGAAGCUGGUGUCGGACGGCAAAUACGGAGCCCAGAACGACAAGGGGGAGUGGAACGGCAUGGUGCGAGAGCUCAUCGAUCAUGUGGCCGACCUCGCCGUGGCCCCUCUGACCAUCACAUAUGUGAGGGAAAAGGUGAUAGAUUUCUCCAAGCCAUUCAUGACGCUGGGCAUCAGCAUCCUCUACCACAAACCCAACGGCACCAAUCCAGGAGUGUUUUCCUUCCUCAACCCGCUCUCUCCCGAUAUCUGGAUGUAUGUGCUGCUGGCAUGCCUUGGUGUCAGCUGUGUGCUGUUUGUCAUUGCCAGGUUUACUCCCUAUGAGUGGUACAACCCCCACCCCUGCAACCCAGACUCAGAUGUGGUUGAAAACAACUUCACUCUAAUAAACAGUGUCUGGUUUGGAGUUGGAGCACUUAUGCAGCAAGGAUCUGAACUGAUGCCCAAGGCCCUCUCUACGAGGAUAGUCGGUGGAAUAUGGUGGUUCUUCACACUGAUCAUAAUCUCCUCGUACACUGCCAACCUGGCUGCCUUCCUCACCGUGGAGAGAAUGGACUCGCCCAUUGACUCUGCGGAUGACUUGGCCAAGCAAACCAAAAUAGAGUACGGCGCAGUGAGAGACGGCUCCACCAUGACCUUUUUUAAGAAAUCUAAGAUCUCAACAUAUGAGAAAAUGUGGGCUUUCAUGAGCAGCAGGAAAAACACAGCGCUGGUGAAAAACAACCGGGAGGGGAUCCAGAGGGUCCUCACCACGGACUACGCUCUCCUGAUGGAGUCGACCAGCAUCGAGUACAUCAGCCAGCGCAACUGCAACCUCACACAGAUCGGAGGCUUGAUAGAUUCAAAGGGCUACGGCGUGGGAACCCCAAUUGGCUCCCCCUACAGAGACAAGAUCACCAUCGCCAUCUUGCAGCUUCAGGAAGAAGGGAAGCUGCACAUGAUGAAGGAGAAGUGGUGGCGAGGGAACGGCUGCCCAGAAGAGGACAGCAAAGAGGCCAGCGCCCUGGGCGUGGAGAACAUAGGGGGAAUCUUCAUUGUGUUGGCGGCCGGACUGGUCCUCUCGGUUUUUGUAGCUAUCGGAGAGUUUAUUUACAAAUCCAGAAAAAACUUGGACAUUGAGGAGGUGAGCGUCGGCCAGUGUGAGUGGCACAACAAGUACUAGCACUCCAGUGGACUCGAUGGAAGACCGUCAACGAACCCACCACACGUCUGUGUCGUCAUUGUCCUCGCCGGGACUACAGUAACCACUGGGCCGAUCGAGUCUGAAUGUGUCGAACUGCACUGUUACAAUCAAGAGCUGUUUUUAACGCGGAGUUUUGUGUUGUCAGUAGUUUUCACGUAGAGCACACACACACACACACACAUUUUUGUCGGGAAGGGAGGAAUACGUUAGAAACCCUUUUUAUGAUGACAGAUCUUUUGUCGACUUCUGACGUCACGACACUUGACCAUCUUGGCCUUGCUGUUUUGUUUUGUUUUUUUUGCAGGAAACAUUAUAACUUUGUGGUGUGGAAGAAGUGUCACUGUCAUGAUAUCGUAGCCCAGUAGUGGUAUCUUCACGCCAACGACUGCCGUGUUAUAGGUCUGAAUGGAUUCUGAGAUGUUUCACACUUGCAGCGCGCACAGACUCGGACACAGCUGCACUACUUGCCACUUUUGUAUGUAGUCGUGCAUUUUGAAAGAAGAACAAAACAUCUUGAUUUAUUCAAUCGUUUCCAGUUUGUUUUUGAGUGAGUGCUCCCCCCGAGAAUUUUACUUAUCAAGUCGCUUAAUGUCUGUACUUUUUGUCGCUUUUUGUAUCAUACGACGUAAUAUGAACAUGCAUGUAUAAGUUUUUGUCAUGUUGGAAUUGUUUUCGGAACGACUAAAGUUAUGUGAGAACAA